AUGCAAAGACAAGAGACAAACUCUCCUCUUAAGAAAGAGCUGGUCUUGAGUCACUUACUAAAGCAGGAUGUUGAAGAAUUACAGACUUGUUCUGUUAUUAUUGAAGGAGACAUGGAAGGACUGGACAAGGAUGUUUUCAGGAAGCUCCUGGCCUCGAAAAAAAGAAAAACUUUGCUAUCAGAGUCAUUCUACUUCAACGCAACCAAGCAUUGUCCAUCCUACAUCAGAGACAGAAGAUUUCUGACGGUUUCUCUCAGUAAAGAGGAGAAAGAUUUCCCCAUUGCUUACUCCAUGGUGAUACAUGAGAAGAUCAAGAUGUUUGAAAGGCUUCUUAGAGCCAUUUACAAUCCACACAAUGUGUACUGUGUUCACAUGGACCAGAAGUCUCCUGAGAUCUUUAAAGAAGCAGUAAGGGCCAUUACAUUCUGCCUGACCAAUGUGUUUGUGGCCAGCAAACUGGAGCAUGUGAUCUAAGCCUCUUAGUCUCGAGUUCAAGCGGACAUCAACUGCAUGCAGGACCUGGUAAAGUCACCUGUCCAGUGGAAGUAUCUGCUCAACACAUGUGGCACUGAUUUCCCCAUUAAAACCAAUGCAGAGAUGGUUCAGUCUCUAAAACUCCUGAAUGGAAAGAACAGUUUGGAGUCUGAGACCAUAGAGGCCAAAAAAGGUCGAUGGCAAUAUCAUCAAAAUGUUACGAAUGUUGUGACUCGGACAGAUGUUAAAAAGUCACCUCCACCAAUAGAGACCCUCAUGUUCUCUGGAAAUGCUUACUUUGUGGUUUCAAGAGAGUUUGUGGAGCAUAUCUUCAAAAGCAAGGAGAUUCAAGAUUUCAUGGAAUGGGAGAAAGACACGCACAGUCCAGAUGAGCACAUGUGGGCUACAUUACAGCGGAUGCCUUCAGUACCAGGAUCUAAUCCUUCAAACAUCAAGUAUGAACACUCGGACAUGAAUUCAAUUGCUCGUCUGGUGAAGUGGAGCUACUACCACGGAGGAGAACUGAAGAAUGGGGCUCCGUAUCCACCAUGCACUGCGAUGCACAGACGGGCAGUGUGUGUCUAUGGAGCUGGGGACUUGAAAUGGAUUGUGCAGCAACACCAUCUUUUGGCAAACAAGUUUGACCCAGAAGUAGACGAUGUAGCAAUGAAAUGUAUGGAGGCUUAUGUAAGGUACAAAGCUAUUUUUGGUCGAUCAUUACUAACAGUUAAAAAAUCUGACAUUAUUUUAUGAUGUUUUUAAUUAGAGGUACAAUAUAUAUUUGUAUAAUUUAAUAUAUAUUGUAAUAAUCCUUUUGAAUCUUUUUUUAAAUUCUUUUUAAUAAUGUAAAUGUAAUUGAAAAUAUAAUAUAAACAUUUACGUAUUCUAAGUUGGUCAAAAAAGUAAUAGGACAAUCCAAACUAAAAACUAAAAUUAAUAAUUUAGUAAAAAACUAUGUGUACACUUCAGAGCAGCUCUGUACGUUAGGGUUCCAAGUACUUACACAUUUUACAUUGAAUAUUCCAUACUUUUUCAGAUUUUUCAGAAUUCUCUGGAGAUUUUUUAGACACUGUUUACCAUCAGAUAAAAGGUUUUAAAAUCCAUUAUCCAUUAACUAUUAUGCUGCCAAAUUAUUUCCAGAAUACUGUAUCCAGGCAAGUUCAGAAGCAAUUAAAUCUGCAAUACUGCAACACAUGAUUGUAUUUGAUAUGCUUUCAACACUUUCAAUGAUUGCAUACAUUUUAAAUAUUUCAUAGUCAUUAUAAGUUUUAAGUUAAUAUUGUCACUGAUUACAUUUAUUUAGAAAUUAUUACUCUCAAAAUAAUUGCAGGAUAUGCUAUCCAGUAUAAUAAUAUUUGCUAUACUAUAAAUGUACUUUAUUAUGAGGCAUUAUUACGUAACAUUAAAUUCACUGAGACUUGGACACAAAUGUUCUUCUUUAUAACAAACAAUACAAUUUAAAACUUUAUGAGCAAAGGUCAGCAGCACAAUAAACAAAUCAAGAAUGUUUAAAUGCACAUUGUGCAGGAUCACAGCAAGACUUAACAUCACUUUGCAAAAAAUGGCAACAAUAAAAUCCUUGUGACAAUAAAGUCUUUAAAAGACCAUAAAGUGAGCAUGACUCAUGACCAUCAAAUCUUCUAAUCACUUGACUUGGUAUCGGUUUAUUUUCUGUAUUAAAGGAAAUUUUGUUUUAACAAAAGUAACUU